UUGAUCUCUAAUUGGUUUCAAGUUGAUACUAAAAUUACUAUUGACUACUACAUUUCGUAUAAAAUAUAAACAUUCAAGUUCUUUAGACUUGAAGAUCUUUGAGAGAGAUGAAGAUGAAGAUGAAAGGCACAUUGCCAUUUCUGGCUAUGGUGAUUGGUCAAAUUGCACAGGUGGGGUUGACUUUAGCUGGGAAGAAAGCUAUAGAAACCGGGAUGCAUAACUUUUCUUAUGUUUUCUACUCCAACUUUUUCGCAUCACUUAUUCUUCUUCCUACUUCUUUUCUCAUUCAUAGAUCAUCGAAUCGCCCUCCUCUAACUUUAUCAGUUGCCGGUGGUUUUCUUGUUGUUGGCAUACUAGGGUUCUUGGUACAGGUGGUUGGAUAUGCUGGACUUACAUAUGCUUCCGCUACAGUUGCCACGGCAAUUCUUAACCUCAUACCAGGCUUUACUUUUAUACUCGCCAUCAUAUUUGGGGUAGAAAGACUAGACCAUGGAGGGGUAACCAAGUGGGCGAAAAUCAUUGGAACCCUAGUUUCAAUUUUAGGGGCUAUAAUCGUAACUUUUUACACGGGCCCCGCAAUUAUAACCUCUCAUUUAACUUUAGUCGCUCCACAACAUCUCCUUGGUCAAUCAUCAGAGUUCAUCCUUGGUGGAGUGUUAAUGCUAAUCGACUGUGUCUUAGCUGCUUUAUUCAUUAUUGCACAGGCGGUCAUCCUCAAGAGAUACUCAGCCGUCCUGAUUUUGAUGUUGGCUUAUUGUUCGAUUAUAACCGUCCUUUCGCUUUUAGCUUCAUUGAUUUUGGAACACGAUUUGAGUGCAUUUAGUUUACAGUCUAAAACUAGGUUUCUUGCGAUUUUGUAUGCGGGUUGCUUUGGGGCUGGUUUUCAACUCACAAUUGGAGCAUGGUGUGUGAAGAUGAAAGGGCCACUUUUUGUUGCUAUGUUUCAUCCAUUAGGGAUUGUGAUUGCAGCUAUUAUGGGUGUUAUAUUUUUAGGAGAUUCUCUCUAUCUUGGAAGUUUACUUGGAUCAGGAGUGAUUGUGAUUGGAUUUUAUGGUGUAAUGUGGGGAAAAGGUAAAGAAGAUAGAAUUGUUGAAGGGAAUAUGAUUGAGAGCUCAAAAACUCCUCUUUUGCAAGAUGACAUUCAUGAUGAUAAUGUCAUGCUACCAUGAACAUGAUGAUAGUUUAUGAAAAGACUUGAAGUUUUAGUCUAUUGUAAGACUUUUUGUUGUAUGAUAUGAUGUUUUAUUGUUAUUGAUUAACAUUUAUAAGAUAUAUAGUUAACUUUUGUAUCUUCCUCAUGUCAUGAAAUUUAUAAAACAAAAGUUAGCAAUUUGUAAA